AUGCCUGUAACAGCUGACCAUCUGCUAUAUGAAGGCCAAAGCAUCACACCAGUAUAUAUCCAGAUUAACACCCCCGUCACAUUGACCUGUCCGGCUGAUGACCAGGCUACGAUUCUUAGCUGGACUGCACCCGGAGGUACCCUGUAUGUCACAGGAACUACAGUUGAAGCUGAUCUUUCUGGCAUUGUUAAAUCACGGAUAUCUGCGAGUCACACAGGAGGGAGUUAUACACUCUCAUUUACAAAGUUCCAGUCGCUUGACAUCGGGAUAUAUAUAUGUAUGGUUGACGGGACAAUGGAUCUACAGAUGGUCAUUGUACAAGGUGUGACAUCAGCCAGUCCAGUACACACCAGACAGGGAGGAACAGUAACAUUACAAUGUCCUGAUACUGGUGGUGGUACAUCGUGGUCUGUCACUUCUACUGGAUUUGUUUACACCGACGGAACAUUAAUCAACCCGAACCUAGAAGACUCAAUAAAGUCGAGACUCGCUGUUACCAAUCAGAACGGAAUCUAUAGUCUACUGAUCAGCAAUGUACAACUGUCAGAUGUCAGGGAAUACCAAUGUAUCAUUGGACUAUCAGACACAUUCUAUCAUCUAUUACUU